AACAAACCAAAAAACCUCACAAGGCGUCUUUAUAUCGGAACCCAUCCUCAUCAAGUAUUGAUUCGCGAUGCAGUACAGACACCGCAUAAUAUAAGAACUUGACGCGCUCGCCGGUUGCCGGGGAGGCCAUGAAUUUGCUGAAGCGCCUAAGAUCGAGCCUGCGCGUCGCUGACAUACGGAUGCCGAUGACUGCUAGACUCGCGGCUCGGACUCGCCAUGCAUCCGGGCAAGGAUUCACUACGAGCGCUUCCCCACCUCCGUCUCCCUCCAGAGCCCCAAAUGACGCUAGAAGAGCUUCGCAUACCGGCGUUGGGAUUGGCUUCCUCUUGGCGAUGACCAUCAACGUGAAUGCGUCCCAUAACGCGUAAAGUUCGUACAGUCUACAUGGUGCGUGCUUAGCCGUGUCCCACGGACUAUCGCUGACUUCGAGA